UUCUAUUACGUGAUUGAUGGUAGAGAUUUGAUUGGUAGGUAUUGAAGAGCCUCUGUCGGAGCGAGGUAUUGUUAGGCGUUGAAAAUUUUCAGAUUGCCUCACGGCAAAUUCAGAGGACGCAACUUCUCACCAUUAGUUGAGGCGGUGCUCAAUUUUGGGUGGUCUCUAGAGCAUCUACUUUGGACGAUAAUGAUGUCAGACGCGGGGUCAUCGACGAAGAGUAGCAGCCCGCCGAUCGGGUUUGAGAAGCGAUCCAAGAAAGGCGGACACUUUUGGACACCCCUUGAUGCGAGAGAAAACCUGCCUCGUCAUGUGGCAAAUACCAACACUGCGCAGCUUCGGGAACAUACGACCACGCAUACGGCUCGUGGCUUACCGGAGCGACCAACACACUUUGCCAAUACUCCAUCUGGGAAAGUUCAGCGCGAGGUCGGUGCUGUGACGAAAUGCUGCAUUUUGGCACCACUGUUCCUCGUCAAGUGGCUGGCUUUCGGUGUUGCACUUUGGUGGAGCCUAGGGCUGCUGAGCUUUCUGCUCCAGAGCAUGAGCGGAGCGACGCUCUCAUCCUCUCCUUCAUCGUCGGAUACAGCCGACCCGUGGCUCGUUCAAUCUUUGAGAGGGACUCUUCGGGGUCGAACGGCCUCCAAUGAUCAUGGAGACGGGCUAUCACUCGGAGAACUUAUGGCUAAGUGGCGACCGCAGGCACAUCCUUAAAGAGAUCAUCAUUUCAGAGUGGCGGAUUUUCCAAAAAUAUACCAAGGAUGAGGGCAUCCAUGAAGGAUGCGAAUGUGAUCGCUCUAAUGAAGAACACGCCAAGGGUCACAACUACAGUAGUAGUUUCGACAUGGUUUCAUCAUUUUUCGCGAUGGGGGAGAAGUACCAAACCGAGUUUGGCGUGGCUAUUGUCAGUCGCGAACAAUGGUGCGCCGCAGGCUGGCAUGGAUGCGCUAAGAUACCGACUGCAACUUUCAAUUUGCUGAGUGGCCUAUUCCGAAUCAUGCUCAUGGUUUUCCUGUAUCUGCUUAGCGAUCGCAUCCUCGUGCGUUUGGGCGUAGUAGAUACUGAUGGCGCGAGUGAGUCAGAACACCAGGGCCUGUUCGGUAAUCGUCGUCCGCAGCAAAGCUAUGCGACGACAGAUGGCGGCGAGCAAACGGCCAUUGGCCAAGAUUCACAAAGGCGGGAGGGGGAGGCAAGUAGGGUGACCGACACCGGAGUCGAGAACGGUAAGAAUGGAGGCACGUCGAUGGCGUUCGUUCCGAACGGGGAGCUAAGUCGUAAGCAGGUGUUGGGCGACAUUGUACUAGAUACAGCGAAUGAGGAAACAGCGGAGCGGCUGUCGUCACCGGAAGAGGACGGACCCCUGUGGGUGAACAUCUACACUUCCAGCGAUGAGGAGAAAAAGACGCCGACAGCGAUGAGUGACCAAGUGGUAACCUCAUCGAGUUCAGCAGAUGACGCCGUCUCUUGGCGACGAAACAAGCGUCCGUCCACGGUAAACCCGGCUAGUGCGGGGCGUUUCAAGAUACAGCUACAACAGGGAGUGAUGCCACCAGCAGAUGGCGAGGCGGAUUUCUCCAAGCUGACAAACCGCAGCCACAGUUCAAGCAGUACGAAAGCAUCUUCGUCCACCGAAGCUGGUGCAACGAUGAACCUUACUGGAUCUGCAACGGAUCAGGAUCAUCAGGGAACUGGGGGUCCGGUUUCGCCACCAACGAAUCGCAGGUCGCAGCGGCGCACAGACCACUCAACUUCCGGUAAGAAACUCCGAAGCAAGCGAAGACCUUCGUUACCGGGUUGGUCACCUCAUGAUGCAGAUGGGACGAUCAAGAAUACUUCUACAGUUAAGGCUACCUCUACUACUUCAUCCUCCUAAGUAGAUGAUUUCUAAGAGGAGCCACAUCUUUUCCAAAUUGAAAUCGAAAAGAUGAGGAGAUAUAGAUCCGACGCGCCUAGGUAUUUACGUGGAGAACAGUCCAUUGGUGACGUGAGUAAUUGGAAUUACGCAGUAGCUCUAAUACGCAGGUAGGCUCAGCAGGCGUUGCGAAAAAGCAGGGUAAAGGCCGGAGACAAAUCGCAUCGGGGGACAGGUACCUCAGUCCGGUGUACUACCAUAUCGCGGACGCAUCGGAUGAGUCUGACGGCUGGAGCUCCGAAGACGACGACGAGGACGACGUCGAUUCGAACAGCAGUAGUGCUCUUGACUCGAUGGAGAACGGAUUACACGGACUAGAACGAGCAUCGGCAGAAAUUGAGGAGAAAGAUUAUCCUUUUCAUCAAUAAACGAGACCACAGGACAUUUUCUUUGUGAGCUCGUCGCUGAGCGAGAUGCAAAAGCAAAUCUUCAUCCAUGAAAGCAUAAGGUAAGCAUUGGAUUUAAGAUUUCUUGGAUGACAUACAAUCAUAGGCCGACUUCGAUGUUGUUUGAAAUCAAUUUAGAAGGACGAGUUGUACACAUUGUAGAGUACAUGCAAGAAGUGGUCACAGACAUACACAAUUGAUGGUAAUUUAUAGUCAUGUGAAGAUCUCAGAAUUAGCAAACAAGAAUAGUUCCCUUCUUUAUCCGCCAUUAUUGAUAUCAUUUUCCUCCGUGAUAUGCAACAGACUUACAACUAGAAACACGAUUUUUGACGAUGUGCACGAAUCAUGUACCUAAUAUUUACGUAUCCAAUACAAAAAACUACCCGUGAACCAAAUUUGUCCUCUGCAUAGCACCACAAAUACGAUUAUCUGUUCAAGAGUGAAAAUUCUGUCAUGUAUCAUAGGCAUACGUAUCUCCUAAAAAAACUAUUCUCACAGGUUAUUAGGCGUUCACAACUCCAUCCAGGAUAUCUGUUCAGCCACAAGCAACAGCAUCAACAUCUGCAUAUUUUUCUUUUACAUACUUAUUAAAAGUCUCAGCAUAACACAUUUCCACAGCACAUCAAUGUACAGCAUACUAUCUGAACCCAAGCGAUUAACACACUUUCUUCAUUCCCCACACACAAAAAGCCAGAACGCGUGACCCGCUGACCUAUGCAUGCGUUGUAAAAAAUCUAACAAUUAUUCCAGUACAACACACCUUUGUGCGAUCCUAUUCUGUCGCGGGAAGCACAGUCUCAUUC